AACGGGCUGUGAGGAGGCGUAGGAGCAGUGCGCAGACAUCGCAUGGUGCGGUGCUGGAGCCGCCAGGGGCCCCGGGGUGACUGUACCAGUGGAAGGGUGUAAAGCUAGUGUGAUAAUAUAGAGUAUUACUGGACAGAGCCCUCUGCCUGGGCUGUAUAGCCUGGAUCUAACAGCAGAUUUCUCAUUGCUACCACCUGAUUAUGAAGAUGGAUGUUUAGUUCUUGAAAUUCCCAGUUUAUAAAUACAUGUGAGGAUAAAUUUAUGUACGGCUCCAAACUCGAGUUGGAUACAGAGGUUGCACACAUCAGGAUCUCAGACAAUGGCGGCAAGCGAUGGUAAAACACGGAAGCAUAAAUGGUCAAGUCCAACGGAAAUGUCCCCAAACAAGUAUCUUAAAGGUACUGAGACCAGACUCCCUCGAAGAGUCAGUUAUACUAAAGCCCAUGAAUCUGAAACUGUUAACGUGACGCAGAAUAGACACGUAACCCUAUACGAAUGUGAGACAGAUGCCCGAAACAGCCUGAGUUCCAAGACGUUGGAUGAUGAGACUAUUUAUUCUAGCCCUGCUACUGCAAAGGGCAAACUAAGGAGACGCCAGCGAAGUGACCCUUCCAUGUGUGACACUACCCAGCUGGAUACAUCUGCAGAUUUAGUUACUGGACAUUCACAUGCUUUUAGAAGAGAGGUUGGUACACAUGAAACAGAAAACCGUGAUGACAUAACAUUACAUAAAGAUGGACCCAGCUUCAGGAAGCCAAGAGCUCACAAUCCCUCAAUGAUUUUUAAAAAAGCAUUCCAGGACAUCAUUGGAACUCCUGUGAGAAGCAAGCCACGGACAAGCAAUGAACAUAAAAGUUCUUCUGAAAUAGAACUUCAACGUGGAUCAGAUCAAUGUGACCUCAAAACGUUCGUUCCUGGUGCAGGCAUUGCAAAGAAGAGUGAGCACCACUCAGAUGAAGAUGUUGUUCAAAAAGAAGCGCCUGAAAGAUUCUCCGAUUCUAGUGAUGUUGUCACAGAAUUGCCAAACAAGUCAGAAGCCAAUGUACAUGAGGAAACUCAAAGGCUUGUGUUUCUGUAUGACGAUUCAGAUGAAGACACCAAUACAGGAGGGGUUGUGGAAAAGGACCCAUCUAUAGGAAGUGACUUCUCCGAUGUAGAAGAUGUCCACUCUUUGGCCAGGUUUUCUCAAGAAGAUCCAAUUCCUUCAUGCUGUUCCAUGCCGAAGGCAUAUAGUGGUACAUCUUCAAGUUAUGUUAUGUACCCGCCUUACCUAUACAAAAGUCCAUGGUGCAAUUACACAGACCAGUGGACAAGUAGCCCAGUGUAUAAACCGUGCACUGAACAGGACAUUUGGCGCCAGGAAGAAUCUAAUGGGAGCCUCACAUCGGACCAUUGUACAGACUGGUUAGAGAAAUCUUCUCUCAGUGUAUCCAGUGACCGGGAAAGUCCUGAACACGUACAACGGCAGAGAUCUGGCUCUUUUCACUCUCCAUUGACACUUGAAAACACAAAUCAAACUCAAAGAAGGAAGUCUGAUUCAUUUGUUUUGUCAGAUUUUUCAACAAAUCCAACGUCCUUCAAAGAUGGAUUCAUAGACACGCAUUGUCACCUGGAUAUGCUGUUUGGAAAACUGUCAUUUAAAGGCUCCUUUGCAGAGUUCAGAAGAGCCUACAAUACUUCUUUCCCUGUGGAGUUCCGAGGUUGCAUUGCAGAUUUCUGUGAUCCUGAUACACUGCAUAACCUUCAGUGGCAGGAUUUGCUGGAAGAGGACAUGGUGUGGGGCGCAUUUGGUUGCCAUCCACACUUUGCACAGUAUUUUACAAACCAACAUCAGGAAGAAAUAAUGAAAGCUCUUCGACACCCAAAGGCUGUUGCCUAUGGUGAAAUGGGGCUGGAUUAUUCCCACAAGUGUUCUACAAAAAUCCCAGUGCAACAAAAGGUUUUUGAGGAUCAGCUAAAACUCGCAGUAUCGCUGGGGAAACCUCUGGUGAUUCAUUGUCGGGAUGCAGAUGAGGAUUUGUUCCGGAUUAUGAAGAAGUUGGUUCCCAGUGACUACAAGUUCCAUCGGCACUGCUUUACUGGCCCUUACAGUCAAAUCGAGCCUUUUCUGAACGAGUUUCCAAACAUGGCUGUUGGUUUUACUGCGCUUGUGACAUACCAUUCUGCUACCGAUGCCAAAGAUGCUAUGAAACGAAUACCUCUGGAACGGCUGCUCGUCGAAACAGAUGCCCCUUAUUUUUUGCCUAGACAGGUCCCCAAAGGUGUAUGUAAAUUUGCACAUCCUGGUCUUGCACUGCACACUAUUCAGGAGAUCGCUAAACUGAGGAAUAUAUCAGUGAAAUCUGUUCUGUCAGCUCUACGCAAAAACACCAACCAGCUAUAUAGUAUAUAAUUACUUCAAACUCUGACUGGCCUACUUUCUAAGUUGCUGAAGCUUUUUUGGAACUUAUUAGAAGACACAUUAACAUAUAUUUUUUUUUUUUUUGUCACUGUGUGGUUUGCCUUAAAACAAUCUAUAUUAUUGUUGGUUAAAUAUUACAGCAAUAUACAUGUCACAGUUCUUCUGAACCUUUGAAUGUUUCCUUGACCAAUUUGCGUUUAGAUUUUCUCGACUCACCUAGGACAUGCUAUGCCUUUACUCUCUGGUAAGGAUAAAGCACUUUAAGGGUAAGUAUUUCAACAAUUUGCAAACAGUUUGACAACUUACCUUGGCUCUUCUGGAUGCUGCUGCCACCUCAU